CGGCAUCAGCAGCGCAUCACGUAUCCUUCGGUCCAGACGGGGCCGAUAGUUUUGAUGAUAGUCGGAGGAGAGCUGCCAUGGAUGAGACGAUUGAGGGGCGAUUGAUAGGGACCCUGGGCGAGGGGGAGGUGGCUGCAGCCGACGAGCAUGAACACAGAGGGUCGGCUCCAUCGCGGGGCCGCACCCAAGAAGGCCUGCGGGCAGAGGCAGCGAGGCCGCAGCCCUCAAGCGAGGACGUGCAGCGUUACGAUGAAGGUGCUGUCAGCCGAUCGCCGAGCAGACAUGUCGACAUGGGCUACCAGCCAGAUGCUGAACUGCCAUCGCCCCAGCGUCAGCAGCCCUCACGUCAGCCGACAGUGCGAGGCGACACGGCCGCCGCAGAACCAGUCGACAGACAGCCGUCGAGGCAGCUAACAGGCCCACCACCUGCACCGGACGCAAGCGCCUCACUCUCCCCGCAUCCACUCGGUGCCAGCGAGGAGGACCAGCAGCAGCCCGACGACCGCAAGGACGCCACAGGGGAGGCGGCAGAGGGCGAGGGUGUGGGUGAUGGAGAGGAGAAGGAGGAUCAGACCGCUGUCGAGUCGGCUGCCGUAGUCGAGACGCAGCUGCCGCCGCCGAGCGAAGCAUCGUCCCCCCCACCGCCAUCGACAGCCAUUGGGUCAGACAGCGAGCCCACCUCGCCCCCUUCGUCCGCACACACAUCGCCCGGACCCCCAUCGCCCGCACCCGCCCCGCUCAGCCUGGCCGUCCCGCCCGUCGUUCGCCUCAACGGCUGCGUGUCGUUUCAUUGCCGCCACAAACGACGGGACGGGGCGGGCCACUUCAGCGUUAUCGAGGGUGUCCUUGUGUAUGAGCGCGCCAAGCAGCAGGCCCCCGCCAUCCUGAAACACGUGGAGAGGGAGCAGGGCAGCGAGGCGGUGGCUCGGCUGCUGCUGACCAACCUGAGGGAGGAGGGCGCCCAUCUGCAGGGCCAGAUGGAGGUGGAGAAGCGGGCGGAGGGCGGCAGUCGGCAGUGGCGGUUUGGGCAGCGGGAGGGCCAGCCUGCAGGCGUCAGGCGCACGACGCCGCAGCUCUUCGCGGGGGUGCUGGACGUGCCGUGCCUGAGGGUGGCUGUGGUGGAGGGGGAGGGAGAGGGGAAGCGCUGCGUCAAGGAGUUUCCGGGCAGCUGUGUCAUCAUGGAGAAGAUAGGAAGCGGUCAGUCAGUCCGUCAGUGAGUUCCCGACAAUCAUCCACAUGGCAUCACUCUCGCUGUGUUUUCAUCUGUCUGGACGGACAGGGGUGACGGUCGAGGGGUUUAUACUCGACUUCAUGCCCGAGGCCAUCCGCCAGCGCCAAGACGAGCGGUACUGCGCCGCCAUGGCCUCCAAUGUGGUGCGCUGCCUCCUGGCGCUGCACAGAGGCCGGCGGCUGCAUGGGGACCUGCAUGCCCGCAAUGUGCUGGUGCGGGAUCUGGCGACGGCCGAGGUGGCAGUGAUUGACUUCGAGAGCACGCGCCAGGCGGACCAGGUGGAGAGGGGCAGCCACGUCCCUGUGCGGACCAACCCCCCGGCGCCCUUCUUCACCCCCACCGCUCUCGAGGCAAUCCUGGCCUACGAGGGGCAGGACGGCACGGGCAUCUCGAUCCCCAUCGGCUACGUCACGGACUAUGUCUGUGUGGCCUGGAUCGUCCUGUGCCUGUCCUUGUCCCUCGUCAACGCCGGGUUCCUCCUCAAAGGCGCCAAGGCGGCCCUCAGCGACCUGCGCAUGAGGUGUCGUGCGAAAGACAUCACGGCAGAGGAGCUGCGCCGCGGCUAUCAGGCCGCCAUAUCGGCCACUGUCGCCGACGCCCACCGCCGCGCAACCAGCAACAGGGCCAAGAGGGCGGUGGCUUUCUUCGCCUUCUGCUGCGACACAAGCGGGUCGGGUGGGAGAUACCCGAGCUGGAGGGAGAUGGAGAAGCGGGCGGAGGAAUUCAUCCGAGAGACAACCACUGGUGAGCGAGCGGGUGGGCGGGCAGCACUACACAGACACAUAUUGUGGUCGCAUGGAUGCAUGCCUUCUGGUCCUCCUGCUCGUUUAUGUGUCCCUGUCAGAGCUCACGAAGGCGGCGGCCCAUUAUGUCGAGGGCGCCGUGGGGGACCUGUGUGUGCUGUGCCAGGGUGUGAGCAUCGAGUACAUCCCCCCGCUGAGCUUCACCGACACCACCGGGCCCCCUCUCUACUUCCGCAAAGCCAUCGUAUCAGGCCCCCUACCCGCCCUCUCGUCAGGCGUCCACACACUCAUGCUAUCCCCAGACCAACAUGGCCGUGGCCGGCUCUCUCUCCACCUCACUCUCAACCCCACUGCACACCCCAAGGCGGCCACCAGUGCAACUGUGGUCUUCAGGCGAGCCGUUCAGCCAUCUUGUGACAUUUCGGUGUCGGCAGCGGGCACGCUGGAGGUGACAGAUCUCAGCGCCAUCGCCCUCGGCCCCGCUGUGUCUCUGUCGAGCGCUCAGCCGUCGGUGUGCACAGGUGUGGUUGUGGAGAUGGGUGUGCGGAUGGUGGGGGGGAACCGGACGAGUGGGAGUGCUGGUGUGGAGCUGCUGGGGCGGGGGAGCCUCUUCCACGACACGAACAGGGCUGUCGUGGGGAGCGUCCUGCAGGCUGACUCACUGCGCUAUGACGGCAAGUAUCUGGUGUUUGGCCCAGCGGCCCUCAAUGACGUGAACACGGCUCUGAGGGAUCUGUAUUACCGGUGGAUUCCCAUCGACGGCCGGUACAUGGAGAGGGGCAGCGACUUCUACGACCAGCUGUGGAUCACUGUCUACGGCACAGAGGGCGACCCGACCCCCUCAUCGUCUCUGUCCGUGCCCAUUCGGGUGCAUCCCGACUCCCCCGCCACGCCCAAGGUCGUCUUGGUCCAUCCAUCCACCCAUCCACUUAUCAGUGUGUUGCCCAACGGACGGGCCGUGUGGAUGCAUUGCAGUGCAUUGAUGUGUGCAUGUGUUUGAGUACGUCGCCACGUGUGGUGGGUGCGUGUGAGCGAGGAGAGAGAGAGAGGUGUCGUCGUGAUGCGCCACACGUCCAUCCAUCCAUGCAUCUAUCUAUC